AAUGUAGCCGUCUUCCUGAUCCUUAUGAAACACCAAACGAGAAAUCGCUGGCGACAUGGCGGAACAGACCGAUCGGACAUCGCCCUAUAAACGAGUUGGACGGGCUGGGAAGCUCUCAUUGCUUGGGAAAAUCAAGUAUUACCUUAAAUGCGCUGUGAUUGUCCCGAUCCCGCUGCUGUUCAACAUCAUCCGCGCCACGACUGUUGCCGCAAACCGUCGGUUGACCGUCUCCUCCUUCGCCGCCGCUGGCUUCCUUCGAACGCUUCUCGAACAACUGUCGCCCGAAGAAAUCCAAUACUAUAAUCCGAAUGCUUGCGACACAUACCAUGCGUGGCUCGAAGAGAAGUCUAAAGAUCCGCAGGUAAAGAAGUUCCCGGGGCUGCAGGAAAAACUCUCGGUCGAUAUCGAAACGCUACCCAAUGGAAAAUCCUCAAUAUUCUGGGUUGGAGAUCGUCGGACGUGCAAGAAGGUGGUCUUGUUCUUUCAUGGCGGAGGAUACGUGUUUCCACUACUUCCUGGACAUUUGGAAUGGGCUCUGCGGUAUGUCGAGGAGACGCUGAACACGAAGAAUGAGUUUGCUGUUGCUGUUCUUCAGUACACGCUCGUUCCGUCGGCACGAUACCCAUCGCAGUUCGCAGAGGCGGUCGACGGUCUGCAACACCUGUUUGACAGUGGGUUUGAACCGAAGAACAUCAUCAUUGGAGGAGAUUCGGUCGGUGGGCAGAUGGCACAUGCUUUGUUGGCUCACGUUGUACGCCCACAUCCUGCUGUCCGAAAGAUUGAACUAGCACAUCCCCUCGCCGGGGCGUUUCUCGUUUCGCCGUUUGUGUCCUUGAAUACCCAAACAGCGUCAUAUCGGUCCAAUGCACCUAUCGAUAUGCUGUCGGCGCCUAUUAUUCGGGAUACCGCCCGCAGCUUCUUCCACGGGACGAACGGCCACGAGGAGAUCAAGGAGGGCCUGGGAUGGUCGUUCCCCAUGGAUGUGCCGGAAACUUGGGUCGACUCCAUGGGAGCCGCGACGGGGAAGAUUUACAUCACCGCAGGCAAACAUGAAAUCUUUGCGACAAGUUGUGAGGAAUAUGCGGAGCGGGUCAGGGGGAGAAAUACUGGCAGCGUUGACGUCACCUUGGAAAUUGGAGAGAAGGAGGCUCAUGACUUCAUCCUUUUAGAAGGCCUCCUGAAGCAAAAGGGGGAUGCUACGGAACGGAUGCUGAAAUGGGCUAUUGAAGCUAUCUCCGAGGACUGAAAGUGCUUUCAUCCAGUUUAGCGGUUUAUACUUGUAGUUGACAUUACUCUCUAAAUUUACAGUCUCUC